UAAUAACCCACUCAGACUUUAUUUGCCGGAAGUAAAAUACCCGAAAGCAAACGUGUCGCUUGACGCAGUUAGUGUUAAUUGUUUUAAUAAGAACACGGUUUGUUCUUUAUUCUAUACAUAAUUUGUUUUGUAGCGUGAACAUCAGUAUUUGUUGGUGUCCGCAUGCAUAAAGUGGCCUCAUUGCACUUUAAAGCUUCUCAAGUUGGAUUUAUCUUGCUAGCUGCUAACAAAUACGUGUUUUUUGUUUAAAUUAUUAUUAUUAUUUUUUUAGCAACACAAGAUUGAGAGUAAAGUAUUGUUGCUUAUCGAGUGAAAAUGUGUAAGGUAGACAUGCUGAGGGCCUUGCUGAAUCAGCGACUAGGUGCGGCCGUCGAAGAAAUCGUUGUAGUGUUGGAAAGGACGAUAGCAGAGUACGAGGAGGAACUUUGUCGUCAACGUCAACUUCUGGAUGCUGUUUUCAAGAACCCGCAAAUCGCGCUGCAAAGAGCAAACAUCAGUGAAGAAGAUCGUUAUCCUGAGCAGCAGGAGUGGCGCUCCGUGGUGGAGCAGCACGUGAAGGAGGGGGAACUUGAGCCGCCACCCAUGAGCAAGGAAGAGGAGCCACAGCCCCCCAACAUUAAAGAAGAGGUGGAGGAGGAAGAGCCCACCUGUAUUAAUGAGGACGAUAACACCAGGUUGCCAUUGGCUGGUGUCCCUGUGAAGAAUGAAGCUGAAGGCCUAAGUGGGAAAGAGGAUCAGAUUUUAGCAUCGCCGUCACGUCGCGAUGACAUAACGUCACACUCUACGAACACUGAUGAUGAUGAACACUCAAAAGGUGUUGUGGCACACACACGUUGUCAAUGUUCUCAGUGUGACGACACAUUUGUCAGCGGGUCGGCUUUGAAAGCGCACGUGGUGAUCCACACGGGACAGGAACUGCACGUCCUCUCAGCACGUGGACAAAAGUUCCCCAAAAAUGCAAAGAUUAUGACACACGCGAGUACACACACUGGAGCGAAGCCGUACGUGUGCUCCGUUUGUGAGAAAGGCUUCGCAAGAAAGGAUUUUUUAAUAGCGCACAAAAGAACACACACUGGAGAGAAGCCGUAUUCCUGCCCAAUCUGCAACGCAUGUUUUGGUCAUCGCUCAGGAUUGUUUUAUCACAAGAGAAGCCACACGGGAGAAAAACCUUAUACAUGCUCGGUGUGCAAUAGAGCGUUCAUUCAAAAGAGCUCGUUGACGUCGCACAUGAGAAACCACGGUCAGGAGAAGCCAUUUUACUGCUGCAACACAGCUUUUUGCGACCAGUCGUCAUUAUCCGUACACGUGACAACACACAGUUUGGACAAAUCUUCCGUACUCAAGAGAACACACGCUUCGAAUUCGAGGAAACUCAUAAAUGCACACCCGGGGCCAAAGGGGUUUUCUUGCUCCUUGUGUGAAAAAACAUUUUCCCGGCACGAAGCUUUGCUGGCGCACACCAGAUUGCACACCGGGGUCAAACCCUUUUCGUGCGCCGUCUGCAACACCAGCUUCAGUUGUCAGUCGUCGCUAAUUAACCACAUUAAGACGCAUGCGAAGGCUGAAGGAAGUGCUGGAGAGUGUACGUGAUUACUGUUGUGUACAGAGGUCUCCCGCCUACUUACGAAUUAGUUUGUAAACCAGGGGUGGGCUACAUAUACUCAGUUUUUUCAUCCUGCCACUGAACAUUUACAUGAUCAAGAGUCCUGGAAGUUUGCUUUAAUUUAGGCUUUUCCCUCUAAAAUGUGUUCAUUAAACAAAAUAUUGACUCAUUUUUAAUUAUUUUUUGGUAUUCAUUCAUCUCGAUUAAUUUGUUAGUCGAUUUAUUGAGAAUAUGCAUACAUCCAUUUUACGAACCGCUUAUCCUCGUGGGCAAUUUUACAUAUCGCUGGCGUGGGGCGGAAUCCUUGAAUAUCCCACCUAUCGAUAGCAUUGAAGAGGAGCUACUGUGCAUGUCAAACUUUUAACGAGAGUCAAUGGGUAACGAUUUUUGCGCCCCAGAGCGAAUGUUUCGUCACAGAAAAAACACAAACUAGAUGAAUGAAACAACUUAACUCCUCAUUACCUAUAUACUAUUUUUAUGCUCAUCUAAAAAAUAGAUGCAAAUGUAUUUAGAAAUAUGGUAAUUUUAUUAGAAAUGUGUAUAUAUGUUUUUUGUCCUCAAAGAAAGUAAUAUGGUGACUUCAGUGGUGGGGCCUCUAUUGACCAGCCACCGCUGGCGGCUUGCAUAUUUUUGUGCUUGUUCUGUAAUGCUACAAGAUGGUGCCAAAGUAAAGUCUAGUAAAAAGAUUAAAGAAAGAAAAAUGUUUGUAAAAAUGAA